CCAAAAGCUUUUUGUCAACUCAAAAUAACUACAAAUUCUCCUUGAGAUUGAAAUAUUUGUCAAAAUGAUCGUAAGUAUCCUAUAUUGAUGGCCAUAUCCUUUUUCCAUAUGAAUAUUUUGAUCUCCAUUGACUAACAUAGAUUUUAUCUAGCGCAAACAAGCCCGACAGCGACGUGAUUAUCUCUACAGAAGAGCUUUAACACUUCGAGAUGCUGAGAUCAGUGAAAAGCGCGCAAAGCUUCGAGCUUCUUUAGCAUCAGGCAAACCUUUAGAUCCAUCGAUCGCGAAUGAUAAAAAACUACGAGAAGAUUACAAAUAUGAUGAAUCACGGCCAGAUUUGACGGCAAAUGAGGAGCUUGAUUUGGAUGAUGAAUAUGCUCAACUUUCCGGAAUUGUUGAUCCUAGAAUACUUGUUACAACUUCAAGAGAUCCCUCAUCGAGGCUCUCUGCUUUUGCGAAAGAGAUUAGAUUGUUGAUACCAACGUCAAUUCGUCUGAAUCGUGGAAACCUCAUUCUACCAAAUCUAAUAACAUCUGCUCAAGCAUCUGGACUUUCUGAUAUCAUUCUUCUUCAUGAACAUCGUGGUACACCAACAGCCCUGACAUUAUCCCACUUCCCGCAUGGACCUACGAUAUCCUUCUCUCUACACAAUGUUGUUUUGCGCCAUGAUAUCCCAAACAGCUCGCGUGGAACGGUUAGUGAGUCUUAUCCUCAUCUAAUCUUCGAGGGCUUUACAUCAAGAUUAGGCCUUCGAAUCGUCAAAAUCUUAAAACAUAUUUUUCCACCAAGAGAAGCGAUCACGAACAAGACGAAAAUUGGAAACAGGGUCGUAACCUUCAAGAAUAUUGAAGAUAGUAUCGAGGUUCGACACCAUGUGUUCGUCAAAACAGGAUAUCAAAGUGUGGAACUCGCAGAAGUUGGACCUCGAAUGACGAUGAGAUGUUUUGAGAUUAGAGGAGGAACUUUGGAGAAUAAGGACGGUGAUGUUGAGUGGAGAAUGAACCAAUAUACGAGGACUUCGAAGAAAAAGGAUUAUCUGUAAGAGCUUGGGGGAUGGUUAUUUGCUUGUUUGUUUAGCGUGGAGUUGGGUGGAUUUAACUUACUGUUCGAGGUUUAAAAAAUCACAAGUCGAGGUCCUUCUCCAUCGACAUACCUACGAAACGCUCUGACGAGGAAGGAUACAUCGGCUGAAAGGAUAGGCAAUAGCCAUAUUGUCGCUGCCAUUCUGCAUACCUCAUCUACCGAUAUUGAUAGGAUCGAGACUGUACCAGGGAGGGGUUGAUGCAUCAUGGUUGGGCAUCAUUAUGAUCUCUUCGCCUCAGCUACCUUGCUUGUUAUGCAUCUUACUUUCUUUGUUCAGAAUUCCGUUUUGAGUAAUGGGAACAAAAGUGGUGUAAGUAAUUAGGAGCACAACCUCAAUCGCAUUGUGUGUUUGUUUGUCCCACAAGCUCUUUCAAUGCUAUGUUACAUUUAGUUUCUGAACAUGCUACUGUCUAAACUCACUUGUAAGAACUCACGCUAGGUGUCUUUCUGAUACAGAUCCGGAUCAGAUCGCCUUUUCAAUCUCUUGUUGAAUUGAACCAUGAAAUCUCUGGAAUCUCAAAUAUUUUCAUGAAUUCUAUGGUUUUCAGGCAUUAUCU